AUGCGAAAGUCGGCCUGCGAGCGCCGUGUGCGCCCAGUGGACCAGCGAGCCUCUCACAGGGGGCUGAGGGAUCAGGGACUGCCUUCGGGGAAAGCUCAGCCAACCCCACCCCUGGCUGUCGGGGAGAGACUUGAGAUUCCGGGGAGGCAGGAAUCAUGUCCCCCUUUGCCACUGCUGUAUCCCUGGCACCGAGCUCAAUGCUCGGUCCACAACAGGGCCUCAAAAUACUAUCACAUUCUGGGCAAAUUUCCACACGGAGUCUUCAAAGGUGGCGGAGAAAAGCAGCAUCUGGCAGUUCCUGCCCAGAAAGUGGUCCCCGACCCAAACAUCAUCAAACUGAAGCGUGAGGAGGAGACACUGGACACCAUCAAGCAGUAUUACGUCCUGUGCAAUAACCGAGAUGAGAAGUUCCAGGCCUUGUGUAACCUCUACGGAGCCAUCACCAUUGCCCAGGCCAUGAUCUUCUGCCAUACACGCAAAACAGCCAGUUGGCUGGCAGCAGAGCUCUCAAAGGAAGGCCACCAGGUGGCUCUGCUGAGUGGAGAAAUGAUGGUGGAGCAGAGAGCUGCAGUGAUUGAGCGCUUCCGAGAGGGCAAAGAGAAGGUUCUGGUGACCACCAACGUGUGUGCCCGAGGUAUCGAUGUGGAGCAAGUGUCUGUCGUCAUCAACUUUGAUCUUCCAGUGGACAAGGACGGGAACCCGGACAACGAGACCUACCUGCACCACAUCGGGCGCACCGGGCGCUUUGGCAAGAGGGGCCUGGCAGUGAACAUGGUCGACAGCAAGCACAGCAUGAACAUCCUGAACAGAAUCCAGGAGCAUUUUAAUAAGAAGAUAGAAAGACUGGACACAGAUGAUUUGGAUGAGAUCGAGAAAAUAGCCAACUGAGCAGCUCCACCAGGAACCGGUGCCCACCCUUGGCGCUGCCCCUGCCGGGAGACGGGAGCUUUCCCAGCACAGGCCUCAGCAGCCACCACCACAAAGAUGCAGGCAC